GGAAGGUUGCCGUAGUUGUAAGUGCACUUCGCCGUUGCCAUGGAGAGGAUCCUAGCUUGUGCGCGAGAUAAACAAACGGCGCAAAAUGACACAAGGAAAAGAGAAGAAGAAAAGUGCGAUAAUAAAUGAUAAACGGGAAGAAAAGAGGACGCGUGGAAACGCAGAGCCGCCACAGACCGCGGAAGAAAGGGAGAAAAGAGAGUUAGAGAGCUGCUCUGGUGGUUUACAGGUGAAUUCAGCGGAUGUGGAGCUGAAUCAAACCAAGCUCCGAGGUCAAGCCGAGCAUGAUGAUACCGAUGAACUCCCCACAUUAUUCAGCCUGGUCAUUCAGAGAUAUGAAGGAGAAACCAGUGAAGACCAGUUUCAUGGAGAAGGUGUUGCUUGUUUCGAAGGAGGACAUAUGUACAAGGGCAUGUUUAACAAGGGACUUAUGAGCGGAUGUGGUGUCUUCACAUGGGCAGGCGGAUUGAAAUAUGAGGGUGAAUUUGUUUGCAACAUGCCCAUGGGCCAGGGCACUUACACGUGGCCAGAUGGCAGCUCCUACAUGGGAGACGUCUGCAAUGGUAUACGACAUGGGACUGGAACUUACAUAUGUGCCAAAAACACUGUGACAUACAAAGGGCAGUGGGAUCAGGGCAAGAGGCACAGGAAAGGUAUGAUGUAUUAUAACCAGGAGAAGACUUCUUGGUACAAAGGAGAUUGGGUGAAGAACAACAGAGAGGGGAUAGGAGUGAGAUGCUACCCCUCUGGUGACAUUUACUCUGGCGAGUGGAAAAACAACCUGAGGCAUGGAGAGGGCACCAUGAAGUGGCUGAAGCUGAGUCAGCAGUAUGUUGGGAUGUGGCAGGGUGGGGUCCAGCAUGGGCAAGGAACACACGUCUGGAUCCUGAAGCGAGUGGAUAGAUCCCAAUAUUCCCAGAGUAAUCAGUACACGGGGGAUUUCGUUCAGGGUCAGAGGCACGGACAGGGAACGUUUUACUACGCUGGUGGUGCAAUCUAUGAAGGAGAAUGGAAGAACGAUAAAAAACAUGGGAAGGGAAAAUUCACUUUUAAGGAUGGGCAUGUUUUUGAAGGAGAGUUUGUGGAUGAUCAGAUGAAAAUGGAAAAUGGAAACAGUGCUCCCUCUCCUCUGUGUGGUAGUGAUUCAUCUGUCUUAGGACCAGACAUGGCUCUGAACAUCCAAUGUCUUCUGGAUGAAAUCCCUGAGAGCAAGCGUGACACUGAGCACAAACAGGUGGAGUUUGUGGUACUGAGGAAAAGCACAGAGCUGCGGUCUAUCUAUACUUUCUACAGCAGACUUGGUCACGCCCACUCCCUGGAUAACACCUUCCUGCUGUCCCGCCUGCAGCUAUGGCGCCUGCUCAAAGACUGUAACAUCCACCAUCACGACAUCACUCUGACACAGAUAGACCGUUUUAUCAAAGAGGAUACCACCACAGAGAUCCACUCCCCUUUCACCCCCAUACUGCUUCGCAGGCUCCUCAGCUGUCUCGUGAUCGUGGCCCACCACAUCUACAAUAAAGACAUGGUGUCGGAAAAGCAUCUUCUGGCUGCCUGCUUAUCCAAACUGAUGACAGACGACAUCCUUCCUAAUGCUAAGAAUGUAAAAGGCUUCCUGUUUGGACAACCACACUUAUCAGUGGUGGCUAUGAAAUACAUGAAGAGGUGCUGGGAUAUCUAUCAGGUGUACUGCAGGGUCCACUCAGCUCCCAGAGAUGACCAGACCAUGACCUGCAGACAUCUGCUGUGGAUGUUCAAGGAUCUCAAUCUGCUGGACAAUAAUCUGACUGCAGCGAGGUUACUGAAGAUCAUCACUGCAGAGAGCCGUGACCCCAACAACCUUUCCCCCUGCCUGGAUCUGGAGAUUACCUUCCUGGAGUUUUUCGAGGUACUUCUGGGCUGUGCUGAGGUGAAGUGUCAGGCCAGCGAGAAAAUCUUACAGACCACAAGCAACCCUUCCCAGUCGCAAGGGAAAUCCAGUGACACAAGUCAGGAUGUCUUGGAGAGUCAAGAAGAUGUCGAGACUGAAGUCAGUGAUCGACCUCAGUCUGCAGAGCACACAGAGGAGCAUGGAAGGGAGGGAAAGGGCAUGCAAACCAGAGGAAUGGAGGCCAAAGAUCAGACAAUUCAUCAGUUCUUCAACCACUUUUUCUUCCCUGCGUUUGACCAUCACCAGCAGGUGACUGAAAACAUGAAGGAGGAUAAGCUCUGCCAGGGCCAGAGACGCAUCGCUCUAGCCAAGGCCCAACAAAGAGCCAGGUAA